UGUAUCAGUGGACGUAGUAAUUCAAAACAAUGCAGUGUGAAUGUAGCCUGUGUUUGGAGUGCGAAACACUGCUUUAUGCCACCCGUCAUUUUGGACGGAGGAACUGCGCUAAAGAACACUAAAUAAAUGCAGAUUGUAGGCUAUAUAGGAUUAAUUGCAACUCUUCAUGAACCAUGAAGUGUAGGCUAGGCUAUUAGAUCAAUUCAAAUACCAUAAUAAUAGACCCUACCUAUGAAAUAGGUCAGUGAGAUUGCGAAACKUUCUUUUGGCCAUGACCACGAUGCCCCUGAUAGGCUGCUAUGUUAAAAGAAACUAGGCUAUAUGAACGUGUGGCUGUGGGUACAAAUGAUUUGAUUUCCGUCUGUGGGUAUAGUUUUCAAGAGUUUCUGCGCCCCUGGCUGGACUCAGAUUACGCACUGCUAUGGGAGGGACUUCACAUGGAAAGGSAAUGAAUUACUGUAKUGCGCUAUCCUGGUGACGCAACGGAGAAACRCACAACUCAAGACUUGCUGAAGAGUUCAAAAACGGCACCUGCACUAGGAAUUUGCGCUCCCCCAAUACAUACACCUGACUUUUCCAUAUCAGUCAAGAGAACCACAGACAGAAAACUACAACGAGGACGGCAUUGGAACUUGCAUCAUGUUGGGCAGGAAACCUCCUACCGCCGUGCAUCAUGAACCCAAGGCAGUGGRAUCCCAACCCAAGACGCAGGACCCACUUAGGAAACUGGGGGUGCUGGAUGAUGAGRAUGUCCGUGCGAUGAUGCACGGUUCCAACAUGGUGAAGGUACGCUCCCAGAGGUGGCAGAAGAGCCGCAGCCUGCGUCUGCUGGAGGACGGGGUCACCGUGUGGUGUGAGUCCACCAAGAGCUCCCGCAAGGCCAAGCACACACGUACCUUCUCAGUGACAGAGGUGGAGUGUGUGCGUGAGGGCUGCCAGUCUGAGGCUCUGCGGAGGCUAUCCGGGUCGGUACCAGAGAAUCAGUGCUUCACGGUGGUGUUCAGAGGAGCCAGGAAGAGUCUGGACCUCCUCUGCGCCUGUGAGGAGGAGGCGAGGCGCUGGGUCCAAGGGAUACGCACACUGAAGGAGUGCGUGGCCAACAUGACCCAGAAGGAUAAACUGGACCACUGGAUCCGUGGCUACCUGAGACGGGCUGAUGAGAACGACGAUGGGAAGAUGAGUUACGACGAGGUCAAACGGCUGCUGCAGAUGAUCAACAUAGACCUGAACGAGCAGUACGCGCGCUCGCUAUUCAAGCUUCCAGGAAAGCUGUUUGUCAGACACAACAGCAGGCAGCUGAGCCGGAUCUACCCCUCCGGGCAGCGCCUCCAAUCCUCCAACUACGACCCCCAGGAUAUGUGGAAUGGCGGCUGCUCGAUGGUGGCUCUGAACUUCCAGACUCCAGGGGAGCAGAUGGAUCUGAACCAGGGCCGCUUCCUGCCUAACGGCCGCUGUGGAUACGUCCUCAAGCCCAGCUUCCUGUGCAGCUCCAGCUCCAACUUCAACCCAGAGAUCACAGGAGGUGGGCCAGGACACAUCCCCACACAGCUCACCAUACGGAUAAUAUCAGCACAGCAGCUCCCUAAGAUCAACACAGACAAGCCCAACUCCAUUGUGGACCCGCAGGUGUGGGUGGAAAUUCACGGGGUGGCCAUUGAUAAUUCCAGAGACAAAACCCACCGAAUCGACAACAAUGGUUUUAACCCACGCUGGGACAGCACUUUGAGCUUCCAGCUGCAGGUCCCUGAGCUGGCCCUGGUACGCUUUGUAGUGGAAGACCAUGACCACAAAGCCAAGAAUGACUUUGUGGGCCAGUACACCUUGCCCUUCACCAGCCUCCGUACAGGUUACCGCCAUGUYCACUUGCUGAAGGCAGAUGGCUCCAGCCUCUCUCCAUCUACCCUUUUCAUCCAUGUCAAGGUGUCCGAUAAGGGGGUCCCCAUCAAGACUGUGUCCGAGCGCAUGGCCUUGGCUAAGAGCAAGGGCAAAGCAUGACCCAUAUCUAUCUGAACUAGUGCCACACUUAUCUGAUAAGCGCCAUGCUUAUCUUUUGGGGGGGAAAGUCUCCCUAAUUGGGAUGAAAAGGACAAGCUGCUGCCUGCCUAUGUCCCAGUGCUCUUUUCAUACACCCAAUUUAGAAUUGGCAGGACAUAUAAGGCUCCCUGGCCACAGAGAGGAAGACAUCAUUCCUUCUCAGUCAAACCUGGAUGGGAGUCUUGCCUGUUGRUGAAUAGUGUUGGCUGGGAGAGAAACUCACUGGCAUGUUGCUGUUGUGAGAGUAAUCUGUACUCUGUCGUCAGUGCAUUCAGAGUGUUCGUGUCUGUUUCCAUAGAGACAUGACUUUGGCGCUGACCUGUUUUACACCAGAACUCUACCUGGCAGCCGUCUGCCUACUAUGAAGCCAAUAUAGAGUUGUUUUUUAAAAUUCAAAGCCAGGUUUGUGUCCUGGAGUCCCUGAAGCAGAUCUUGAAGAUGUUUCCCAACAUUUUUUACAUGUUUAAAGUUAAGCAAUAUUUAACUUUUUUGCUACUUUUAGCUGAUGUGUGGUGAGCGUUCUGGCACAAAAAUGGUCACCGGGCAUCACCCAGGUGGGUGCCGCACAUUGAUGGUGGAUGAAGUGAGUUUCCCCCUACUAUGUAAAGCUCUCGGAGUACCUCAGUUGGUAGAAAAGCACUAUAUAUAUCCAAUUAAUUAUUAAAACUUUUUUUACUAUUACAGAAUAUUAUGGUUGAAACUUAUAGAAGYGUUUYAUCAGGGCAAGACUUGUAGUUGUGCUCAUUUUUCCAGGACAACGAUAGUGUUUAUUGACUAAAUUUUAUCUGUAAAUGAAGUCUAGUUGUUGUGGUAUUGGUCUGUCACACUUGUCAUGACACAGUCCAAAAUACUGAAUGAAUGCCUUAACCUUAGUGACAGAAUUAAUACAUUUCAACUCUUAAUGUUUUUGUAAUGUAUUUGCAACAAAUUGUGUUUGUUGCAAAUGAUGAAACACACUUCUUUCUGUGUGAAAUUGCUGAWGGAARUUUUUAGAUUAUAUUUAACAUUGUUGUAAAAUGUUAUAUUCUAAUGUAGUUACAGUAUUCUAAUUCUCUCAGUAAAAUGAAUUMAUUUGCAUACUGUAUGUACUUUCUCUGACACURACUUCCUUUUGCCAAAUAAAAACAGCAUCAAAGU